AUGGACAUUACAGCACCACAGUUUCGGAAUCGAUUUAUACAUACGCGAUAUCAAGCAUUACGAAAAUGCUGUGGUUGCAUUCAUCUUCGAGUGGGUGCUGGAAUCUCAUGUCUUAUUUGGAUGGGAUUAUCCAUGUACUUUGCCAUCUUGUCAUUUCAAAACAAAAGUCCCUUUUAUUCGUACAUGACAAGUGCACCACUUAUUGUUUAUGGCGUUGUCAAUCUAUUAUUAGCUUUGAAUGGGUUCUUUGGCAUGUUGGCCUUGUUCAGGAAUCGAUGGUUUUAUGUUCGACUUUUUUCUCAUGCGACUUGGACAGUCUUAUUCAUGGUGCUUGUGGAUGGAUUUGCCAAUGCUAUUUAUUUUAUCACGCAACGCGAUGAGUUCAUGUCAUGGUGUAUCAAUUCAUCAGCGGAUACGCUCAACAGUGCGGCCAAUGUCACUGGUACAUCACUACGAGGAAACGACUAUUACAACUGUGAUCGACUUUUUCAAGCCGAGAUUAAGUUUGGCUUAUUCUCAACGGUCUUGAUGAUUGUGCUUUAUGUCUACUGGGGUGCAUGCAUCUAUUCAUUUAGUCACAAGCAAGGUGCUUCAGCAGUAACAGGGCAACGACUCGCAGCUGAAAUGGGCAUGAUGCCACCACCAGGCACAGCAGGUGUUCCACCACCACCCAUGCACCCUAUUGGCGGAGGAGGUCCAGGUCGAUCCAACAUUAUUGUUCUCAACAAUGAAAAACCACAGUCGAAAAAGUUUUCGUUCAAGAGCUUACGACGCAAUCACACCAUUGAUGUCUCCAACGACAACAACAACCAAAGUCAAGGGAAACAACUCAAGCGAAAAUCGGUCCCUGAUAUCAUCUUUGACGACUUUAUCUCUCCCACCCUACAUCAUCAUCAUCAUCAACAACGUCGACGAUCGACUGAUAUUUGA